ACUCUAGAACCGGUCUCUAGGUCACCAUGGCGACUGGACAGAAGUUGAUGAGAGCUAUUAGAGUUUUUGAAUUUGGUGGACCAGAAGUGCUGAAACUCCAGUCAGAUGUUGCCAUACCAAUUCCGAAAGACCAUCAGGUUCUAAUCAAAGUCCAAGGAUGUGGUAUAAACCCAGUGGACACAUAUAUUCGCUCUGGUACUUACAGUAGAAAACCACUUCUACCCUAUACUCCUGGCCUAGAUGUGGCUGGGAUAAUAGAAGCUGUUGGAGAGAGUGUAUCUGCUUUCAAGAAGGGUGACAGAGUUUUCACUACCAGCACGAUCUCUGGGGGCUAUGCAGAGUACGCUCUGGCAGCCCAUCACACUGUUUACGCGCUGCCAGAAAAGCUGGACUUUAAACAAGGGGCUGCCAUCGGGAUCCCGUAUUUUACUGCUUAUCGAGCUCUGCUCCACAGUGCCCGUGUGAAAGCUGGAGAAAGUGUUCUGGUUCAUGGGGCCAGUGGAGGAGUUGGAAUAGCAGCGUGCCAAAUUGCUAGAGCUUAUGGCUUAAAGGUUUGGGGCACCGCUGGUACUGAGGAAGGACAAAAGAUUGUUUUGCAAAAUGGAGCCCACGAAGUGUUUAAUCACAAAGACGCUAAUUACAUUGAUAAAAUUAAGAAAUCUGUUGGUGAAAAAGGAGUUGAUGUGAUUAUUGAAAUGUUAGCUGAUGUAAAUCUUAGCAAAGAUUUGAAUCUCUUGUCACAUGGAGGGAGAGUAAUAGUUGUUGGAAGCAGAGGUCCUAUUGAAAUAAACCCACGGGACACCAUGGCAAAGGAAUCUAGCAUAAUAGGAGUUGCUCUCUAUUCAUCCACCGAGGAGGAAUUUCAGCAGUUUGCAGCAGCCCUUCAAGCCGGAAUGGAAGUUGGUUGGUUGAGACCAGUAAUAGGUCCCCAGUAUCCGUUGGAGAAGGUGGCCCAGGCUCAUGAAGAUAUCAUUCAUAGCAGUGGGGCUACUGGAAAAAUGAUUCUUCUCUUAAACUGAUUAAUCCGUCCAUAGAUUUCCUGUGUAAUUAGAGGUUUCUUACCUCAGUUUUACGUACACUACAUUUGCUUUAAUUAGCAUUCAUUUGAU